UGCUGUCUGGGGGCGCUGUCAAAACCCUCCCCAUUCCAGAUUGUCUCCACGGUACCAACAGGGAGAACCGCGUGUGGUUGUCUGACCAGGUUCCAUUGAGUUGACGGGAACACAUCACAGGGGGGAAAUGAAGAGAGGCGUCGAAAAAAUAUAGAAUUCAAACUCAACAUACCAGUCUUUGGGUUUGAGUUCAUGGAUCUGUGACGAUUAGACUAGGAGUUGAUUAUUUUGCUGUUAUUUUUAAUGUUGUUAAAGGUGUAGGGAAUCUGUCGGCGAAGAUUUUAUUCAGAAUGCUACUGGUCUGAAACAAAGGGGUCGGGACUCCGGAGUGUUGCAGUGGUAAAAGCAGGUUGAAAGGGUGGACAGUGGCCACAACUCACCACUGACAAGAUGGAGCGGGAGGAGCAGUGGUGGACGUGCCAACUCGCUGCAGACAUCCACCAGUCUCUACGAAUAAAGGAGCUGAAGUUGCCUUCCUACAAGACCCACUCUCCUCAGAUCAGGAUGCGACGGUACUUUGCUGACCUGCUGGCUGUCCUCAGUAACCGCUACCAGCUGUGCCCAGCGGCUCGCCACCUGGCCGUCUACUUCCUGGACUUGUUUAUGGGCCACUACGAUGUGGCAGUCCGCCAGCUCUACGUCAUCGCCCUCUCCUGUCUCCUCCUAGCCAGUAAGUUUGAGGAGAAGGAGGACUGUGUGCCAAAGCUGGAGCAGCUCAACUCUCUGGGCUUCAUGUGUAGUCUGAACCUGUCACUAACCAAGAAGGAUCUGGUCAAGAUGGAGCUGCUUCUCUUAGAGACGUUUGGCUGGAACCUGUGUAUGCCCACGCCAGCACACUUCAUAGACUACUACCUCCAUGAUGCUGUACAGGACGGAGACCUGCACAACGGCUGGCCCCUCUCCUCCCUCAACAAGACCAGAGCCUUCAUGGACAAAUACACACACUACUUCCUGGAAGUCUCACUGCAAGACCAUGCCUUCCUGGGCUUCCGGCCGUCCCAGGUGACGGCAGCUUGCAUCGCGGCGUCACGCAUCUGUCUCCAGAUCACCCCCAGCUGGACCACCGACCUCCGCCUGCUCACCGGAUACUCCUGGGACCACCUCACCCAGUGCAUAAAGCUGCUGCUGCUUGCCCAUGACAACGAUGUGAAACAGGCCAACAAAUCCAAGUCCAACUCUUCAUCUGUCCAGAGCCCUCUACAACCCCAGGCCCAUCCCUCACCCUCCACAGUCUCCUGCUCCACCCUGAUACAACCCUCUUCUGGCUCCCAGCAGCUGCUCCUCCAGACAGGCGGCUACCAGCAGCACCUCACCCAGCACUCCACUUCCAUUUCCCAGAUGCACAUGCUAGGUGAGUCCCAGGCUCUGGGCCCUAUUGGGUCUCGGGACUACCCCCAGUCCCAGCAGACAGGGCUCCUCUCAGGCUCGGUUUCUCAGGGAGCCUUCCCCCCGUUCCCCAGCCUGACCUCAGGUCUGGGCUCCUCCCUGCCCCUCCAGGGACCCAUCUCCAUGCACGUGGUCCUUGCUGCAGAGCCCCGUCACUGUCUCGGCCUGUCCUACGGGGGAGGCUACCUGGGCUCCCAUCACGCCUUCACAGCAGGCUGCUUCGACAGGUGACGCCAGGAGAGGGAGGAUGAACUGAACCUGGGUCAGUCAGUGUCCUCCACCUGUCCUGACUCCCUGUCCGCCUCCACCUGUCCUGACCUCAUCCAACAAGGACAAAGGAAACCAAAAGGAAGAAGCGAUGUCAACGCAGAUAUUGCUGCGGUAUUCACCUAACAAAGGUCCUAACUAUUUGAAGCGACACAAUAUUUGUGAUGAGGUGUUUACAUACAGUAUGUUCAGUUCCUUUCACACGACUGCUUGAUCUAUACUGAGAGACUGUGAGGCUGGUUUGGCCACUGUGAUUCUGACAUCAACUGUGGUUGUGUGGAGCCCCUUCUUCCACACCAUUUCUGUCAAUGUGGGACAUCUGGUUUUUUAUACUAGUAUCUUUCAAUGCUGCUGCCUUAAACAAAACGAUGGCUUUAUGAUCAUGCAAGUGGUCUGUCCUUGGUAUUGUUUACACCCGUGGUUCUCAAACCUCUCCUCAGGGACCGCCAGACAUUUCACUAUUUUGUUGUAGCUCUGAACUAGCUCACCUGAUUUACCUAUUCAAGGGCUUGAGGAUUAGUUGACAAGUUGAAUCUGGUGUUGGUGUUAGCUCUAGAAUAAAUAAAAUACCUGGGGGUCCCCGAGGAGAGGUUGGAGGACCACUGGUUUACAUGAACAAUACCAUAUAUCAGGGUGUUUGACGGAUUACUGGGGGGGGGGGUUGACACAGCUGUGUCAAUUAAUUCCUUUUUUUAUGUUGUUUAACUUCUACUGGUUAAAGACGUGUGUGUUGUAGGAGAGAUGUCUCACUGAGAUUUCUGAUCUAUUCUUUGGCCUUGGCUGGUGUUUUUUUUUUUUUACCUUUUAUUUAAUUAGGCAAGUCAGUUAAGAACAAAUUCUUAUUUACAUUGACGGCCUACCCCCGGCCAAACCUGGACGAAGCUGGGCCAAUUGUGCGCCGCCCUAUGGGACUCCCAAUCACGGCCGGAUGUGAUACAGCCUGGAUUCGAACCAGGGACUGUAGUGAUGCCUCUUGCACUGAAAUGCAGUGCCUUAGACCGCUGUGCUACUCGGGAGAAGACUCCAUCUUGUUUUGCUGUUCUGGUGCCACUGCAGGCAUGGAGCCAUGGUGUCCAGAGGAACAGACACAUCUGUCCUCUCAGCCAAUCAAACCACAGGGGGGGAGGUGAUACUUUACUAGCUCGUCU